AUGGCAACAACACUACAGCCCCCCCGCUACAAACCCCAAGAGAUCUCCUUCCCGCUCCCCAAAGCCCUCCAUACAACCGCACACAUCCACCUCACAACCCUGGAGACCUGCGUAACGGUAUUCCUGGCGACGUCGACGCCCGGCGACUCCUCGGGAUCGCUCAAACCGAUGGGAAGUCUGAUCUACGCGAUGCCCGAUCGCAAUUCUCCGCGCUCGGUUAUAUCCACUGUGCUGUACACGACGCCCUCGUCGGCGGACUACACAGCUCGCGUGGCGAAGAUUUUGGCCCGUCGGAUGGGCCUUCCCGUCUACGUGGGCUGUAGCAUCGAUACCAGGGCGCUCGAAUUGACCGUGGAAGAGGAGAUGGAGGGUCUGACGAAGCUGGUGCAGGUGAUCAUGGAGCGGUGGGAGAAGGCGCGCAGUGGGAAAUAG